AUGUCUAUCGACCGCUCACCCCAAGCCCCAAAUGCGACUUCAUCAGUGGCACCUAUGUCGCCGUCCGCGCAACGAGCGGCAUCGCCAUCCGACGAUGGUCGCUCAAGUAAUGCCAGUCGGGCGCCGUCGAGCCAGGAUCCCUACUACUCCAACGAAGACAUUGCUGCACUGCACUCUGUUGUCGUUGCGGCACAGGAGUUGCUCGACACGGCCCCCGAACCGAAACCACUCCCCGCUGCUGCGCUCUUCAAGGCCUACGACCAAGUUCUCCCUACCUAUGGCAUUGACCCCGAUACAGAUCAUCACCUAUCGACCUUCGUGUUCCGAGUAGGCGGCGAGAGAGGCGGUGGCACUUUGCUCGACAAGUUUCAGUCUAUUCUGGGCCGCAUGGGAAUUGUUCUUGAGUUUGGCGACAACACCACCGCGUCAUCUCGAACAUCACCAUCUGCGUCUCCCGCAUAUUCAUCGACGAGUCGCCAAAGCCACGGUCUUGUGCGGGAGAAGAAUGGCAACCUUACAUCUGAAGGAGUGGCUGUGUCUCGGCCAUCCGUCGUGCCCUUGGUACAAUCAUCCGCUUCGCCAGAAUCACAACCUCCACAGCAAAAUCAUGUGGACUUUUCCGACACAGACGAGGAGGAUGGUGAAUACGAGGAGAUGCGGAGGGCUGUUCUCUCUUCAGCUAUGAAUCGCUGGCGUUCUCUGGUCGCGAACCGUCGAACACAACAGGCGCAACGAAUCCCCUCUUUCCCGAGCAUUCCCGAGGAAGCUUCUGCCGAUGUGAGGAACUUUGAGGACCGCCCCUUUCAAGAUCGACCAGCCAUCACGGUUUCGGAAGCCUCGACCAUUCCACAUAUCAAUGGUGUUAAAUCGGACGGCCAGGCAUCGGACAAGGGAACAAUGGAUGUGAAUGUGCACCCGAUUUCACCACUGUCCCCAGUCAAACCCCGUCCUGCUAUUAUCAAUGCCAUCCGGCCAUCGACAGCUUCUACACAACAGAGUCAGAAUGAUGCGGUUGUUGCGCAUCAUGAGGACGACGCCCCCUCUUCACCCAAAGAACAACCCACUACGCACCCACAGGAAGUUGAUGAAGAGCCUUCCAAGCAUUCUAUCACUCCCUCUGUACCAGAAGUUCACGUUCCACCAGUACCCGAAGUACGCAUUGCGCCAACAGUGACCCAGCUGGAUGUCACGCAGCGCGAUGAGAAGACGAGGAGCCGGCCUUCAACACCCCCGGAGCCCACAGACAAUACGACAUUAAAGCAGCACUCCGUGCAGGAAUCUGAAAGAGGGCCUUCGACACCACCUGUUCAGCAACCCGAUCCAGAAAAGGAGUAUCAACGACUUCUAAGACGUGCCGGUCGGGCUCGUGAGAUAUACCUUGCGAGCAAGGUCUUCAACCAUUGGGCUGAUCGCACUGCCCGUCGGCUCGAACGAGAUGCUGUUGCUAGACGGCAUAUGAUCAGAUUUCGUUACUUCCGAUCUUGGUGCCAGGCUCCUGUCGUCCGGGAGCCCACAGUUGAUUACAUGAGGGCAGCUGUUGUGGUGAGGAAGUGGCAGCGGAUUGUGGCACAAGAGAAAACUCUUGAGGCUAUGGCGAAGGCAGCGGCCUGGGCCUAUCAAUUGAAGAAGAUUCACCAAGUCCUGGAUCGUUGGUCUUGUCUUCGCUUGGAGCACCUUGGCCGUCAAAUCACGGCCUCGCACAGCAGAACAAAAGCCCUCUCAAGGUGGAUGUUGCAGGCUUCUAAUGGUGUGGCCCUGGACGAAGCCAUCAAGUCCCAAGUAGGACUGCAACAGCAACUGAACGCCAUCCACAAGUGGCAAGGUUAUGCUGAAAGAGAAACCAUACUUGCCGACAGCGCCAGGCGCAUGGGCAAUGUCCACCAAUCCUUUACGCAUCUGAAGGAGUGGUGGGAUCAAGCCGAGAUUGGUCGACGAGCGACCACAUAUCGUCAACAUCUGUUGAUGAAGAGAGUGGAUUUUGCUUUUGAUCAGUGGAACCUACAGGCAAGGGCUCAGGCCUUCAUCUGGAGGCGCGAAUAUCUCCAAGUUACUCGAGUAUUUGACCGAUGGUGUCAAAGAGCUGAGCAGGAUGGGGACAUGUCACGGAGAGCGGAGAGCUACUAUGAAACCCAGGCUAAAUCAAGAGUUCUUGGAUGUUUCCUCCGCUUCGACCAGGAAUCAUCACAUAUGACGCGCUUGGAGGACCGCGCACGCCUUUACCUUCGAGCAACCUCUUUGUUGAGAGUGUUCGACAGGACGGUGAAGCGCCGUCAGGAUCGGGACAAGCAAUAUGUGAAACGGUACCUGAUGGCAAGAUAUACCCAGGUGUCAUCAGCGAAGAAGAAGCGCAACUUCUUUGCUGCUCUUGACCGAUGGAGAGCACUGGCUGCCGAGGAUCGAGAGCAAAACGAAAAUGCUCUGGAGCUUCACAACCGAAAACAGCAUCACCGGCGAAUGCUGGUCGCUGAAGAAUGGGCGAAACAAGCGGCUAUCGAUCAAAAGCGUUUGCAAGACGCCCGACUGGAGCAUGCCCAGGGAUGGCUGGACGCUUGGAAGGAACAUGCUGAGGAUCUCGAGCAACGAGACGUGGAAGCCUGGCAGCUUUGGGCGGCAGACAAGCAAAGGCAAUCUCUGAAGGCGUGGUCAAUUGCGUCACUACAACAGAGCGGACAGGCUCAUACGGCACUUGAAGUCCGUAAGAAGCAUGAACGGGAGAGACGCAAUCGCAUCCUACAACACUGGAGGCAACGUGACGACAGGUUGGAGAAUAUACCGCCAGGAUUCAACUCGCAGCCUAACUCGGUCGUUCGCUCAUUGAACUGGUCGCGUGGAAGCUGGAGGGGCUUCUCGGGAAGGAGGUCAACACUUAACCGGAAUGAUCGAGUAUACGAUUAUUCCAAUACGCCGCUCGAGACACCAACACGGUGGACGGGGCAUCCCCUUUCCAUGUCGACUAUUUUGCCCCCAGGGUCAAUGGCGCCACUUAGGGAAGCGGACGAGAAUGAUGCUGUAUCCUCAUUUGCUGGCGACGAUGACGACCUCGAUCCCGCGUCACCUUCUUUGCGGCCGGCCUCGCGAGGGCAAUUCUCAACUAUGCCAUCAACAACCCCGAUGGCACCAGUGCCAUCACAUCUGGUGGAACGUGGGCUUCAGGAUGAAUUCGAAGAGCCGGAACGAAACGGUAUUAACAGAAGUACAAAGGCCGUCCUGCCGGGUAACCCGCGCUCGAGGCUCCAAGGGUUGGCCUCGGGAUAUUGGGAUUCCCGACACAUCAACGUAUACAUCACCGGCGGCGCUUUUACUAUCCUCGAGGGAUCCAGAGGGAUUCUACAGACAGUUUACGAUGAUGGCGAACAGCCUCUCGAGGCCAUCGCCUUUGACGAAGCCAUAGGCAAGAUCGCUACAUGCACAUCGACCGAAGUCCGAGUCUACAAGCCAUUUGGGUCGCGCGAGGAUGCCCUGAAGUGGGCCCUGGAGUCGACCUUUGACAUUCCGAAUCCGAACGCCGAUGACGCCUCAUGCACUUUGUCCUGGGGCAGCUCUGAGGAGCUCCUGGUGGCCACGAGCUCCCUCUCCCUAUACGCUACGAAAAGCGAGCCGAAAUGUCUAUGGCAGAAGAAGCUACCGAGCCCCGUCAAGUACGCGUUGCUGUCAUACGACUCUGCAUACAUUGCCUCGACCGGCUACCACGAUCACUUGGUCAAGAUCUGCCGCAGACUGAACUUCGGCGCCGACGAAGUACGCUUCGACCUUACGUACCUGCGACACCCAAACAUUGUAACCUCUGUGAGGUGGCGCAAGCCGUUCCACCUGGAGCAGGCUGUCGACAAUGUCCUCUAUACUAUCUGCCUCGACAAAUGCAUUCGGAUAUGGACGCCGACCGAGACACCGGAUGGAAAACAUUGGCAGCUUUGGGGUCAGGUUGACGUUUGUGCGCCAUCGCGAGAGGACCCGUACCCCCUGGAUAUGCGCUUUGCCAUGAUUCUUGAUGGGCGGGACUUCACAGCGUCGGUUGAGCAAGCUGUGCAGGCCCGCAUGUCCGACGACUCGACCACCGAUGACCCUGUCGCUCUCGAUCACUUGGUCGCGAUCGCUAACAAGAACCCCGAGAUUUGUAUAGCUCUUGAUGGAAGAGGGACCAUGUCAGCAUGGGCGCUUGAAAAUGUUGGCAGUAACACUGCAAACGCCCCGACUCUAUUCAAGGUUGCUCAGGUCAAGGACUCAGAUUUUGAGCUCUUUGGCAAGUUUCUGCCGUCUCACGACGCACCCCAUACCGAGAUCCAGACAUACUGCGACAAGAAGACCGGCAAGGUUCACUUCCUGUUACAUGCAUUUGAUGGGAGGAUCGGUGUCUUUACUGGAAAUGUUGCAGACCUGUUGGAUCCAACUACCAAUGACCGGCGCCUCUCGCUGCACUCGAUCUGGGCCGGUCACUCAACCUCUAUCACCAAGAUUGUCCGAAACUUCAGCGGAAGGGCUGUCGUCUCACGGACACGAGAGAGUGAAAGCAUAGUGUGGAAGCAUCUUCUCAACCGAGACGAAAACCCAGGCCUGAGCUUGACCCGAGGGAGCGUUAUCCCAGAAAAGGGGCACAUUCACCGGAUAUGUGUUCUGAGAAAGGGGCGCUUUGUCGUAUUCCUCGGCCAUCAAACGGUUGCACUCUGGGAUUGCAGGGCUAGCCGAGCCAUUUCACUUGCGCAAUGUCCUUAUGAGGUAUCCGGAAAACCGCUCUGCCUCAUUAUACUCCCUCGGUCAGAUGUGAAGCAGUACACUGUUGCGCACAUUGCGACAGUGACGUCUGAAGGUCAGGGUAUUGUGUGGGAAGUCCAUCUCCCGCCAUAUUUUGAAGACCCAAAAACCAAGGCUGGCGCCAGUAUCGAAGAGUUCUGCCGUUUCGAGCUGGGAGAUGUGGAAGAUUUGUCAUACGUCCUCCCAGUAGAUCCCGCAGGCUCGUCGCCCGUUGUCUCGGGCUUUCUCGAUAUCUUCGCUCGGGAUGUCGCUAUCUCAUAUACUCGCACCGGCCGGGUUGACUUCUGGACAGCACGGGUCGACCCUGAAAAGCGCAGUGUCGGAUGGCUGUCCACCUGCACCACCGAGACUGGUGUGUCUGAACCUGCCCUAGUCAGUGGAAGUACCUUGAAGAAGGCAUCUCUUGUGAACAAGGCGAGGUCUCAACUUACAAUUUGGGAUAUCGGUAGUUCUCGCCUGGAAUAUGAGAACAAUUUCGAAGAGCAUCAGGUCAUUCAAGAUCUGGACUGGACAUCAACACCCGACGCCCAGUCCAUCUUGGCCGUUGGGUUCCCCUAUCGAGUCAUUCUCAUGUCCCAGAUGCGAUUCGACUACCUUAACAAAGGUCCAGCUUGGGCGCAGAUCCGGGAGAUUAGCAUCCGCGAACUCACUCCACACCCGAUUGGCGACUCAACUUGGCUGGGCGACGGCUUCUUGGUCAUUGGUGCUGGAAACCAGAUGUUUGUACAGGAUAGGCGUGUUGGUGUCUCUGAGUCUCUCAGAUCUGACCUUCGUUUGCCACCACGCAAGGAUGGCACAUUGGAUCUGUUCCAAGUGGUUCAACGAUUCAAUGGUCCACUGCCAGUAUUCCACCCCCAGUUCCUCAGUCAAUGCAUCCUGUCUGGCAAGACCACACUUGUGCGGCGCAUCUUGGUGGCCAUGUACAAGAUUCUGAAGUAUUACCUUGACGGAGAGACACUGGAUGACUACUUGGGCAUGGAUUUGAGCGAGUUCUACACACCCGAGCAAACUCAUACCCAGGCUGUCGAUAAGUCUGCAGGCGCGUAUCUGAAUGGAGAUAACGGUGACGAAGACGACGACGGUGAUAUCUUCACUGAGCAGACGGCAGUGGCAAUCAACGAGAAGCUGGUUAAGAUUGGUGUUCCACAACUCUCUGGCCACGAACAAAUCCAGCUUGCCGAUAUUAUUGAGUGUGUGGCUCUUGUCGAGAGGCAUCGUCGCUCGAUGGACGAGAAUGGCGCCCGUUUCAUGCUCUUCUUCCGUCAGCAUGCACUGCGAAAAGGACGGACCAACGAGAUGCACCUCUCCUGGCGAGAGAUCAACUGGGCUUUCCAUUCAAACAGUCAGGAUAUUCUGGCCGACUUUGUUUCGAGACAGAGCCAUGGCAGCAUGCUUUGGGAGCAUGCUCGUGAGAGCGGUCUCUUCAUGUGGCUGUGUGAUCCUAUCGCCUUGAAAGCUCAGUUCGAGUUGAUUGCUCGAAAUGAAUACACGAAGAACGAAGUGAAGAACCCGAUCGACUGCAGUCUGUACUACCUUGCCCUUCGCAAGAAGACGGUGCUUCAGGGUCUGUGGCGAAUGGCAAGCUGGAACAAGGAACAGGCGGCGACUCAGAAAUUGUUGUCUAACAACUUUGAAGACCCCAAGUGGAGGACGACAGCUCUGAAGAACGCGUAUGCGUUGCUCAGUAGACGGCGCUUCGAAUAUGCUGCGGCAUUCUUCCUGCUGGCUGACCACCUUCAUGAUGCUGUGGAAGUGUGCUUGAAUCAGCUCAAAGAUAUGCAACUGGCUAUUGCGAUAGCGCGUGUGUAUGAGGGCGAUGACGGCCCAGUCUUGCGGCGUCUGCUUCAAGAUGUUGUGCUUCCCUUGGCAGCUCAGGAGGGCAAUCGCUGGCUUGCAUCUUGGGCAUUCUGGAUGCUUGGCCGCAAGGACAUGGCCGUGCGAGCGCUCAUCACACCUGUCUACACCCUUCUGGAAACACCUUGUUCGCCCGAUAUCAAAUCGAGGUUAUUCCUUACCGACGACCCUGCGCUAGUGGUGCUCUACUCGCACUUGCGACACCAGACGUUGCAGACAUUGAGGGGAGCCUCCAAGGUCACCCCCAAAGUCGAGUGGGAGUUUGUGUUGCAUAGCGCCAAGCUGUAUGAUCGAAUGGGAUGUGAUCUCCUUGGAUUGGAUCUAGUACGAAACUGGGAGUUCCAACAAUCGCCUCCUGCUGCUGGCCUCGGCGGAGAGGUCAACCCGCUCAAGUUGCUGCGCCGGAGGAGUUCGCUUGUUGUCGCCGACCUGCCAUCGCCUACUCUUCACUUUGAGGGAAAGAAGGCCGUCAAGCCGCCACCGACAACGUUCGAGGAGCCGGAUGUAAACUCUCUGUUGGAUAGUUUUGGGUUCUGA